AUGAGCUCCGCUCCAAAGCGUGGUCGUUACGGUGCUCUUGCAGUUGCCACGGCUCAAUUUUACAAUACGACGGGUACAGUUCCCAGUCAGUUACAUUUGGCCCCAGAUAUAUCUUAUUUGAUUACCACUCAACCAAGUUGCACUAUCGUGGUUUGUGAGCUGCCCGGCGGUUGUAACGAGCAAGAACUACAGGGUUUGUUCGCUCGGUUUGGUCAAGUUAAAAGGACAAAAAUUGUUUGCAAUGGUCGAGCCGCUCUGGUUGAAUUUUGUGAGAUCUCAACACCAACACGUCUGGUGCAUAUGGCAAAGACCAACCCGUUCUUUGUUGGCACCAGUAUAGUGAGAUUGGAGUUUUCAUCGGAGGCCAUUGCUAUGUCCAAUGAGGCUAAAGUACCGAGCGACAAACCGGCCACAACAUCCGAACCAACACGUAUUUUACACUUGGACAUUGCUGCAGCUGACUAUCCGAUUACGGUUGAUGUCAUAAAGGCUAUUUGCGCCCCACACGGUCAGAUUCAAAGAAUUUUCAUUGGCAAGAAAAAUGUAGAUCGUUCUUUAGAAGCUCUUGUGGAGUUUCAGUCAAUCGAGGAGGCCAAAGCUGUCAAACAACAGCUGGACGGUGCAGAUAUAUAUUCCGGUUGUUGCAGCUUGACGGUGACUUACUCACAGAUUCCGAAAGUACAUGUCACCAAGAAUGAUUCGGAGUCCUGGGAUUUCACUGGUCCAAACGCGGGUGUUCAAGGUCCCCUAAAUAAUUCCGCUAAUCAGCGCACCUUGUUGAGCAUCUCCGCAACAACAGCCAACACAAUGUCUUCGCCGCUCGUGCAGCCUCCACCUUCGGCUUUACCAGCUCCUGCAGCGUGCGUUCCACCGACACCGUACGUUCAACCCGCGCAUUCUUAUCCGCCGCAUAUGGUGCCUUCUGCUACAAAUACUCAAAUGGGAUACUACGCCAUGCCACCAUACAUGCCUCCUCCACCGAAUGCCCCGCCACCGAUGUAUGGACAAAUGCCCGCUCCACAUCCGGGGGCGUAUGGUGCUCCCGCACCGUACAUGGGCUAUAAUGGACCUAAUCAACGACCAGCAGUACGACCCCCCGUACAGACUGCUUUUCCAGCCAGCGCAACAGUAGUUAUUUUGCCCACUCCACCUUCCACUCAUCCGGUUUCCCCCAAGGGGAUCGGUUUGGGGCACGCGACUUCGAAUUUAAGCUCGACUUCAAGUACCGCCCAUCCGACAGAUGUGUCCGUAUUCGAGUCCAUGGAAGGAGUAGUACUGAUGGCUUGCAACUUACCCACUCAUUUGAACUGUGACCACUUAUUCAACUUACUUUGUUUAUAUGGGAAUAUUGCUCGUAUAAAGUUUCUCAAAACACGGCCCGGAUGUGCCAUGAUCCAAGUUGGCACUGCGGAAGUAGCAGAUCUCAUUCAUCGCUAUUAUGAUUCAAUCACUAUAUUUGAUCGAACCAUUCAGUUUUAUCACAGCAAACAACCUGAAUUGACGGAGCAUGAAAAUCUUGGCGUUUUGGAAGAUGGAUCACCAGUCAUGAAAAAUUACAUGAAUGAUCCUAACAAUCGUUUUCGCAACGUGAUCGUUGCAUCUCGAAGUCGCAUACUCGAGCCGUCUCGUACACUUCACUUCUUCAACACACCAUUAUAUAUCACGCCUGAGGAUGUCUCGACCGUUUUCACAAAUGCUGGUGUUAAAAGUCCACCACGAAUCGUGAUAUUCACGGCUAAACACGGACAGAAAACGUCAUUAGGUUUGGUCGAAUGGGAUACACUAUCUGAGGCGUUGGAGGCACUUGCAUUACUGAACCAUUAUCCUAUCCACGUGUCUGGUGUGUCCCACCCAUUCCAUAUGAAAUUGGCCUUCAGUCCAAAGCCUAUUUCAAACGAUCGCGUGGGGCAGUCGCUCAUUCGCUAUCCUGCUCCUCCAUUGACCACUGAGGUUCGAAGCACUUCUCACACAACUUCUCGACCCGAGGCGGAAGAUAUCCUUGCUAACGAAGACGAAGACAACCCGGGGGCUGCAGUAGACGCUGACAAGAAUAAUGAUUCACAUUUAUCUGUCUCUAACGGAGUCCGUGGUUCAAGUCCUUCACCCGAAGAACAUUUGGGAUCCAAGAGCGAUCUUCAGACAAUCGUACUACCAGUUAUGCUUCCGAUGGAAAUUCCGUCUCUUUUCUCGCUUCCUGCCUCGAAUAGCGUCCAAGUCUCACCGAGGCUUCCUCCGUCAGUUGAAGCUCUUGUUCACCCCCGUCCGUAUUGGACCACGGAUGCCUUAGAAGCAUUGCUCGUGUCUGGUGGGAACAUUGGUUCUCUAACGGAAGAUAUCGUUCUACACCGCCUCCGAUGGGCGGUCAUGUUUUGCAUAUGCCUGCCCGUCGACUGCCUCGCCGUGCUCUCUGCACGUAUUGGGCAAGGUUGGAAGAAGCUUCGCGGCGGUCAGACCAUGACGUGGUGUAGAGGCAUUAAGAAGCCGGUUGGUGCAGCUCAGAAUAGAUGUCAGUGUCGCGGUUGCUAUGCGGUUUGUUUGGCAAAACCCCGUUCCCCAUAA